GACCUUCCCCCAACCUUUUACCAUCAACAAGCAAUACUCAUUCCUAACUAUUAUCCAUCCUCGGAAAACCUGUUUUUCUAAACCAACCACCAAACAAUGUCUAUGAUCAUCCCUGGCUUCGGUUAUCAUCGAACCAACAACUACAACAACAACAACGUUUACGACCCUUUCUCUGUCGAACUUUGGAACCCAUUCGAGGAGCACUUCUUCCACAUUCCAACAAUCCCCAAUGAAACCCUAGGCUUCGUGAAUGCGACAACCGAUUGGAAAGAGACCCCGGAGGCCCAUAUCUUCAGGGCGGACCUUCCGGGGCUGAGGAAAGACGAGGUGAAGGUGGAAGUGGAGGAAGACAGAGUGUUGAAGAUCAGCGGGGAGAGAAGCGUGGAGAGAGAAGAGAAGAAGGAUAGGUGGCACCGGGUGGAGCGGAGCAGUGGGAAGUUUGUGAGGGCGUUUAGGCUGCCCGAGAGCGCGAGGGUGGAUCAACUGAAGGCGUCCAUGCAGGAUGGAGUGCUCACUGUGACUGUUCCGAAAGCGGAGGCGAGGAGGGCUGGUGUUAAAAGUAUUCAUAUUAGCUGAAAUUUAAAUCUUAUCUAUGAGUGGAUUGAGAGAGAGAGAGAGAGAUUACAACUAAUCGUAGCUGGUAUAUGUACUAGCAGUAAAUAAAGUACUCUUUCUCUCAAAUUAAAUUCUGUUAGCAAUAUACUACUCCCUUCGAUCCAAA